AAACCCAGAACGUGUAUUGUAAAUUGUAAAUAUAUAAUAGAAAUUAGCGGUAACUGCUGUUGAGUAGCUUUGCCCCUUGUUUUCGUUCUGCUAUGGCACCCGAUGCCGCCGCCGCCGUCGCCGCCAACGGCAAAAAGAGAAGACGCUAUCUUCCUCACAAUAAGGCAGUGAAGAAGAAGGGUUCGUACCCUCUGCGGCCUGGCGUGCAAGGCUUUUUCAUCACUUGCGAUGGCGGCAGAGAACACCAAGCCUCUCGUGAAGCUCUCAAUAUUCUCGAUUCCUUUUAUGAAGAGCUAGUUGAUGGGGAAAAGGAGUUACCCAGCAAACCUUUAAAUAAAAAAAUCACGUUUGCUGAUUCUGACUCUUCUAGUAGUGAUGGUGAGGAAGAGGAGGAGGAGGAGGAGGAGGAGGAGGAGGAGGAGGAGGCCGUGCAUGAUGGGGAUGAGGAAAAGGGGGAUAAAAAGCCAAAAUUGGAUACUUCUAGUGACGACAAUGCCAGUCAUGACGAUGGAGCAGGUGAAAAAUCAGAUCCUCAUAACGUUGAUGAACCGCACACUCAGGAAGAAAAUAAAACUUGUGAUAAUAAAGGGGAUAAUGGCAAUCUUAAGACUACAAAAGGGACAGCAGAUGAUCUACCAUCUGUGAAACAGUGCUGCAAAACAAACGUGCCUGCAUGUAAUUUUAGUGACAAAGUGGAACACAAGUCUAUUGAUAAGUUAAUUGAAGAAGAAUUCAAAGAAUUGGGAGACAAGAAUAAGAGGCGCUUUGCCAAGCUUGAUUCUGGUUGUAAUGGUGUAGUAUUUGUUCAAAUGCGGAAGAAAGAUGGAGACCGAAGCCCCAAGGAUAUAGUUCACCGGAUAGUGACAUCAGCAGCAUCAACAGGGAAACAUAUGUCAAGGUUUAUUUUGAGAAUUUUGCCAAUUGAAGUCUCAUGUUAUGCUUCAAAGGAGGAAAUUUCAAGAACAAUCAAGCCUCUUGUGGAACAGUACUUUCCUGUGGAAACUCAAAAUCCACUCAAGUUUGCAGUACUGUAUGAGGCACGGGCAAAUACUGGUGUUGACAGGAUGGAAAUCAUCGAUGCUGUGGCAAAGUCAGUUCCUGGACCCCAUAAAGUUGAUCUCAAAAAUCCUGAUAAAACUAUAGUAGUUGAAAUUGCCAGGACUGUGUGCUUGAUCGGGGUCAUUGAGAAAUAUAAGGAGCUUUCCAAGUACAAUCUGAGGCAGUUAACAUCACGUAAAGACUAAGCCUUCUUGCAGCAUUAUAGUACCUUUCCCUUUUGCUUCAUGUUGAUAAUCUGGUCUGUGACUGUUGUUGUCAUUUGGUUAAGUGUUAGAUUAGAUGACUCUUGCAGCUAGUCUCCUUUGACUGAGUGUAGUUAGUAAGUUCUCACAAAUCAAACGAGAAACCCUUACAUGGAAGUAGAGUUAUAUACGCUCAAUCCAUUUAAAUAUCAUAGUUGGAUUUACAAUAUUUUUAAAUUGAAUUUCAGCCGUUGAGAUUCACAAAAA